AUGUCGCUAAAACUGCUCCUGAACCUGUCGAUCGGCAUUUUGGGCCUUCUUUUCGCGGCCCUCGAAAUCCACAACCUCAAACUCGACGCCACGUGCUCCGUUUUCGUCGCUCUCUUCCUUGCCGCCUACGCAAUCGUCCUCGUCUUCAUCUGUAAAAGUGACGUGGCAAAACUGACGGGACUCGCCGUUAUGACCGUCCGAACCGCCGCUCUCGUUCUCUAUUUGAAGCCCGUCAACGCAGCCGACACUCUGCUCAUUGCCACGCAGUUUUUCGGUACGUUUUGGGACACUUUGCCACUGGGGGGACACCUCAAAAAUUUCAGUGUACCUCGUGCUUACGAUGGUCGUGCAGGCGCGCAUUGAAACGGAAAAGAUCGAAUCGGAAAUGGAGAGAGCCGAACGAGCGUUCGCAACCGUUCCAAACAUCGAGGACAGUAUUGCGGCCCUCCGAAACAUUCGCUUCGUUUUCUAA